AUGCCGAAAGCAAAAGCAAAAGCAACCACUACAGAAAACGAUUCAGCUAACCCAUAUGACGAUGAUGAUGAUGAUGAUGACGAUGAUUCAUUCAAUGCUUUACCAACUGGAGUUUUAAAACGUUUACAAGUUAUGAAAUCUGAUAAUGAACAUUUUAAAAAAGAAAAAAAACGUCUCGAAGGUAAAAAGACCGAGACAGAAACUGUUCGAGAGGCCAUCGAACAGGAAGGAGAUGAUACGUUGAA